AAAAGCUUUGCCUUUGAGCGUGAGACCUGUAACGAGCACAGUGCAGCAAACUAAGAAGAAGUUUAUUUUAAAAUUUGGACCAAGAAGCAAAUCAUGCCAUUUCUGCCUCACUUUAGUCUGAAAGCUCACUGGAGCACAAACGGCUUCCUGGUACUUUCAUGGAUCAUGAUCUCCUGCUCUGGAACGGUUUCACCCCUCCACGCGCCUCCGGCCGGCCAGCGUCUCCGCUCCGCCUUCUCUGCCACGCAAACCAACAGCGUGGUGGGAGACAAGCACAAGGCCAUGACCUUCAACCGGCUCGUCGAGAACAUCGGCGGGGACUUCAACCCGGACACCGGACACUUCCGCUGCCGCAUCCCCGGCGCCUACUACUUCUCCUUCUCCGUGGGGAAGUUCCCGAAGAAGAUGCUUUCUGUCAUCCUUGUGAAAAAUGGGCAGGAGGUGCAGGCCAUGGCGUACGACGACUACCGCAAGAGAGGAAGGAAAGUUCAAAGUCAGAGCGUAAUGAUCCAUUUGAAAGAAAAGGACACAGUGUGGCUGCUCCUACAGCAGAGUCCUCAGUACGCUUUGUACAGCAAUGCAGGUCCUUACAUCACCUUCUCUGGUUACCUCAUCUACCCUGAAAUCCCCUCAAGCACCUACAUCAGCAACCACCUGUCCCAGGUAGGGCUGUCCUACCCCUACUGCCCCCCUCAAGCGGAUUCCCACGCCCAGGGUCAGGCAUCAGAGCCGCCGCGGUCGGCCUUCUCUGUAGCCAGGACCUCCACGCUCAUGGGCCAGAGCAGCAGGCAGCAGUCCAAAGCACCCAUCAGCUUUGACGUAGAAUACGUCAACAUCGGAGGCCAUUUCAACAAGACCUCCGGCAGGUUCACGUGCCGCUUCCCAGGGGCUUACUUCUUCGCCUUCACCGUGGGCAAGCACCCUCGCAAGGCGGUCUCCGUGAAGCUGAUGACCGGUGAGGGCGAGGUGCAGGCCAUGGUGUACGACGAGGACACGUCCAAGAGGCGGGAGAUGCAGAGUCAGAGUCUGCUGCUGUCGCUGCGCCGGGGCGACAGCGUCUGGCUGUACAGCCAGCAGGACGAGCGCUUCGCCGUCUACAGCAACCAGGGCAGGUACACCACCUUCUCCGGCUUCCUGGUUUAUCCUGAGGCAGAACCGCUCACCCCUCCAGCCAAGACGGACAGAACUUACUUUUAAACGGCUUUUUUUUUAAUCAUUUUGUUGAAUCUUGAUUCUGUGGUCAGUAUAGUUUCUGUUUAAUUUCCUUACAUUUUAGGAGAGUCCAAUAAAUAAUAUUAUUCCAAUGCAUAUUGUUGUAUCUACAUUAGUCCACAAGAUGGUGUUGUCAUACAAUCAUGGACACCAACCAGCAGACGAUGUCCAUUUCUGUUUUCAAAGUGCAAUUUGCUCCAAAACACAAAAUGUAUUAUGUUUGCUAGUAAAAAACAUAAAUGUAAAUUGUGUAAAGUUUAUUUUCUGUAAAAUUUAGCACUGUAAUACUUUAAGUAAACUGUGACUGUAAGUCAUUUUACAGACUGUCUCUGUACUGAUGGUUGAUGUGUUAUUUCCAAAUAAUCUUUUACAGGCUAAAACGUCUGUAUUUAUUCAAUCAUGUUACAGUGAGUCCAAAGUAAACAAAUCUGUACGGCUCUUAAGUGCCACAUGGGGACUGUGGGUUAGGACUUACUGCUAUUACUACUCCAGGUGGCGGAGUUUCUACUAUUAUAUUCACGGAUUCCCUUUGGACAUCAACAGUCGUCAAUAAUUCAAAAAUGUUUAUUGAGAUGAUGUUUUAGUAAAACUACUGUGAGAAGGAAAAUAUGUAAAAAUCUUUCGUUAGUACCAGGUAAACAUUAUGUCUUUUGUUGAAUUAUUGAUUUCUGACCAAUAGAUAGAAAACUAUUUUACUAUUUUCCAAUGUAAAC